AUGGAUACUUACAGGUACGUGGACGUGGAGGAGGAUGCAAUAUGUACACAAUUCCAAGGUCUCGAGGUAGCUAAUUCUCUUAGGGUGGAUGAUGUUAAGCCUAAGAUGGCCAGUGCAAAUUCUGCAGAUAUGGUUUCGUUUAGAGAUGCUCAGAGGGCAGUAACUGAUAAAAUUGGUCAAAAAUGGGGAAGUAUAGUGGAAUUGCCUACUAAUACUGAUUGUCAAGGUCUGGAUUAUUCUUAUUCAGGUGCACAGAGCAAGAGGAAGAUCAGUGAGCACAAAAUCGCUUUCUGA